AUGGAUUGCUGCCAACUCUCCCCGUCAACACCACCACCUGCCAUGCCUCGCUGGAUACGAUUUAAGAAAGAGAAGGAACCAGAGUUCCUUCCAGAGCAGCGCCCGGUAGCUCGCGCAGAAUUAAAAGACGGCGCAUUGAAUAUGCUAGAAGGUGACUUGGACGCUGCCUUUACCUCUCCCCAAUGGCCCGUCUCGCCGAUAAUCAACAAUCAGAAUGGAAAUUCUGCCCUGCCGGACUCCGUCGACUCCACGCCUAGCACAACUCGAUCUUUUGCARAAAUACAAGGCAAUCACAAAAAGUCCGUGCAGCUCGUCUCUCCCGAGGAUUCACAUAGCGGAGACUCUUCGAUACAGGCCCGACCUUCCGAUCUUUCAUUCCUGCAAUUUCGUCCCACAGAGAACACAAAUUACGCUCGCGUUUUCGCCCGGGCGGUUCUGGAAGGAUAUCGAUCCAACCUGAUAUCCGGCGUCAGCCAGAGAGAUAGAGUUCUAGCCGAACGAGUAGUCCAAGGCGAGGGCAAGGAUCUGAUAUUUCGACCAGCGUACAUUGCUACAAACACGGUCUGGAACGGCCAGGAUCCGCGACUUCGCAGAGCCACGCUCACGCAUAUCUUGGGAAUUGCCAGCGCGGACUGCAACAUCGAUGAUUGUCCCUAUCGCGGUAGCUCCUGUGUAGGAUGUGAAGAUCCUCAAUUUGGAGUCUUUGAAGGCUGCCGACAUUCGCAUGAAAGUCCCAAGAAAUUGGGUUGCGCAAAUUGUUGCGUAGGAGCCAUAUCCUCGGAUUGCUCUGUCAGGAGUGAGAGGAAGGAUUCCAAGGACAUUCAUCGGGAAUCCACUCUCCGGCCGAGAGAAUCUCGCGUUAUUGAUCAAGAGCAGGUCAUACGACAGAGGGAAUCUAGGGCAUUUGUUCCUUCUUUGGUGGAUAACCGACCGAGAAUGAGGAGCUCGCAUGCUCUAUUCCAGGACUUGGCACCAGUAUCGGAAAGUCAGAAACGUGCGGCGUCGAAAGUCGGGCCUGUCCUCAAUCAAUUCUUCGUCGGCGAUCGGGAUGGGAAGCCCAAUGAUUUUGAUAUUUGGAUGGCGAUGAGGAAGAGGGCGAUUGAUUAUGAUCCGGAAAUGUUGGAGAUGGAGUGUAGGCUGGCGAAACUUUGGAGUAAUGUUCUUGAGGAUGAGCGUGGGAAGCAGAAGGCUGUGGCGUUUCGCAAUGAGGGAGCGGCGGAAGUUGAAGGAGAUCGUCCGUAG